UAGGUAUGACUCACAAGCACGCACAAGGUUUCAAUUAUAAGAGAGUAGAAAAAAAAUAUGCCAGGACACAGUUCAUCGCCCUAGGACAUAAUGUUUACAAAGUGUGUGUGUGUGUGUGUCAGUGACAGAUAAAGCACCCGGCAGACCUCUCUGUCAGAUCACACAUUCUUUGACUUUAGGAAUAGACCGGUCUCAUCUGCAGGACUGGUUGCAGAUAUGAGGCUUUGUGGAGUUUUGUGUCUCGUGCUGGUCCUGGUUCUGACUGUCCUCUGUGUCCAAGGAAACCAGCAAAAUUCCAAGGAGAAACACUAUUAUAUCGCUGCAGUUGAGAUAGACUGGAACUACACUGGAAAUCAAACAAACAGGUUUGGAUCUACGUAUAAGAAAGUGGUCUUUCGUGAGUAUGAGAAAGGCUUCAGACAGGCUAAGACUCAUCCUUCCAAUUUGGGUCUACUUGGACCCACCCUAAGGGCUGAGGAGGGGGAGACACUUGUCGUCACUUUCAGGAACAUGGCGACCGGAGUAUACAGCAUCCACCCACAUGGGAUCGCUUAUGGGAAACAGUCAGAGGGAGCCAACUACUUUGACAACACUUCACAGAAAGAGAAAGAGGACGAUGUAGUGCGGCCUAACAGUGAACAUGUUUACUACUGGGAGGUGACGUCAGAUGUUGCUCCACAAAAAAACGACCCUUCCUGUCUUACCUACACCUAUGUCUCCCAUCAAAAUGUGGUGGAGGAUUACAACUCAGGCCUCAUUGGUACUUUACUCAUCUGCAAGCCUGGCAGUCUGGAUGAGUCAGGAAAUCAGGCCAGGUUCCACGAGGAGCAUGUGUUUCUUCUUGGUGUUUUUGAUGAGAAACGGAGCAAAUACAAGCCAAACACCUAUGAACCGGACAACCAUGUCAAAUACACCAUUAACGGAUACACACAGGGAUCACUACCUGAUGUCAGUAUUUGCGCCUACGCCUCUGUGAGCCUCCAUCUGGUGGGUAUGAGUUCAGAGCCUGAGGUCUUCUCAGUGCAUAUGAAUGGGCAGGUGCUGCAGCAGAAUGGGCAUAAGGUGUCUUCGGUCGGUCUCAUCAGCGGCUCCUCUGCAACUGCCAGCAUGGUGGCCCUCCAUCCAGGCCGCUGGCUUCUGUCCUCACACACCACCAAGCACAUGGAAGUUGGAUUGCAUGGUUUUGUUGAUGUGAAGACGUGUGAGGGUUUUGAGGCCCCCCACAGAAGGAUGACCCAUCAGCAAAAACGUCAGAGCAGAGAGUGGAAAUACUACAUAGCUGCCGAGGAAAUUGUCUGGGACUAUGCACCCAACCUGCCUGAACAUGCUGAUGAGGACUUCAAGUUGCAGUAUCUGACACAGUCCUCAACACGCAUUGGUCAGAGGUACAAGAAGGCAGUGUACACCAUGUAUAAAAACGAGUCAUUUACAGAAAGAUCAGAGAUCUUACAAAGGAAAAAUGAGCUUGGGAUCUUGGGCCCAGUGAUCAGAGCACAAAUCAGAGAUGUCAUCAAGAUUAUCUUUAAGAAUAAGGCGUCCAGACCUUACAGUAUCUACCCUCAUGGACUGACAUUUGAAAAGUUGGAGGAAGGGGCCAACUACCCAGAAGGAGGUAACCACUCUCACGCUGUUCAGCCUGGUGAGACACACACCUACGUCUGGCGUGUGGUUGAGGAAGAUGAGCCUUUAGACAGAGACUCGCGAUGUCUGACACGAAUGUACCACAGUGCGGUGGACACUCCUCGUGACAUCGCCUCUGGACUGAUCGGACCAAUCCUCAUCUGCAAGAGUGAGUCCCUCAAUGUCAGGAAUGUGCAGCUUAGAGCAGACAAGGAACAGCACGCUGUGUUUGCAGUGUUUGAUGAAAACAAAAGCUGGUACAUGGAUGACAACAUUCGACAAUAUUCAGAUCGAUCCAGAGUCAACAAGGCAGAUCCAGACUUCUAUAGGUCCAAUGUCAUGCACACGGUUAAUGGUUAUGUAUAUGAGAGUGGUCCAGUCUUGGGCUUCUGCUACGGUGAGGUUGCAACAUGGCAUGUGUCCAGCAUUGGAGCGCAGGACUACAUCCAGACAGCUACAUUUUAUGGUCAUAAAUUUGAGCUAAAUGAGCGCAAAGAGGACAUUCUCAGCCUUUUCCCCAUGACUGGAGAGACCAUCAGUAUGGAUAUGGACAACACUGGUAUCUGGCUCUUUGGUUCCUUUGGUAUGCACGAAACAACCAAAGGAAUGCGUGUAAAGUUUCAGGAUGUUGAGUGCUUCCGUGACUUCCAGUAUGAGUACAAUGAUUAUGAAGAGCCACUAGGAGGCAAAGAAUAUAUAACGUGGAAGCCAGUAUCUUUGGAUGAUAUCAAGAAAGAAGAAGAAAAAAAGAAGGAGCUAGCUAAAGAAGAAACAGCAGCAGAGCUGGAUUAUUACACAGCACUGUUCGCAGAUGAAUUAGGCCUCAGGUCUCUGAAGAACCAGACAGCAGAUUCAGAUGUGGAACAGAUUGAUCUCUCUUUCCUGGACUAUGAUAUUGUUGAUGCAGGGGCGAUUACAAAAGACACACAGAAUAAAAAUGAAACAACUUCAAAACCAGAUCCUCAGGUGGAUGCACAGAAUCAUACGUCAAUAAAAUUUAUGAACCAAAGUGAUACAGUAAAUACACAGAACAGCAGUGUGUCAUCAGGAUUUGACAGUUUCUCUGAAUAUAAAAUAGGGAACGUAACCAUUUCAAGCCUGAAUAUAUCACUUGAAAGUACAACUGUAAAUGAUAGUUCUCCUGAAGUUCUUUCAAACUUCAAUAACGUCACAUCGUCUUCAGACUCAGAGAACACAACGCUACCCAAUGCCACUUCAAUAUUAAUGGCUGGAAAUGUGUCUACAGAAUCUCCUAGCCUCACCGUAACAGAGACUACAAACCUCACUGAGAAAUUGGCAAGAAAUUUAUAUUCUAUCUUGGGGGUAAAAGGAAAAAAUGCAACAGUCAUAAAUGGAACCCAGACUUCUGUGAGUAAUAUUGUGAAAGAAGAUUCAGAGGAGAUACUAACCAGAGGGGAUGUGUUUUUCUACUCUGCACCCGUUGAUUCACCAAAAACACCAGAAGGCAACGAGUCUGUCCAGGAGAGAUUGAAUAAGACGUCUACAAGUCAUGUCAACAUAUCAGCAGCCACAACAAAUCAAUCAGUGUCUACUCCAAGAGCGAACAUUACAGUAGUUAGCAUCAGCAGCAAUGAGACACGCAACUUGACCUUAGAGUUGAAGGUGGAGAGCACAAGCAACAAAACCAAUGUCACUGAUUUACCGCAGACGGCAACAAAACUGGAGUAUCAUCAUCAAAAUGUUUCCUCUGGAGAUGAGAUCACGUCAGUCAAUUCCAGCCUUGACACAUUAAAAACAGAAAAUAUAACAUAUUCUACACAGUUGAAUAGUUCGGUGCAAAACGUCACUGUGGAACUGUUCACGUCGAAUUCAUCAAAGGAGGUAAAUUAUGAGAGUAGAAGUAAUGUAACCACUCUUCCUGGGGAGUUAAACCAUACAACCUCUGUAGAAAAUGUCACCAGCGAGACUACAAUGUUGAACGUGCCCAUUUCCAGUGAUCCAGUUACAUGGAGCAGCUCCGAGGAGUUAGGAGGUUCAGAAAGCAGUGAAGAAGUGUUCAUCUACCUCCAAGAAAACAAAACAGAAGCCAUUAAAACCACCUCCAUCAAGACACAGGAAGAAAGCUGGACUUACGAUGCGACUCACCAGAUGGUACCCAAUGAAAUUCCUGACCACAUCCUCAAAUACAUUAAGAAGGAUGAGGUUCAAACAACCCCGAUUCCAAAAAAGACUCCUAAGGUUAAAAAGGUGACGCUUCGACACAGGCCCCUUAAAGGCCAAGGUAUGAAAACAAGGAGGAGGAAGGAAUACGUGCCUCAGUCCAGGAGUGGUUUACCAUUCUCCCCUCGUGGAUUCAAUCCUGGCAUGGCCCCACGUGGAUCCCGACCCCUCCCACCACAGCCCAUUUCUGAUGAGGAGGAUCUCAUCAACCAGGCUAUAGUCAUCGGAGUACCCCGGCCAGAUUUCAGUGACUACGAGCUGUAUGUUCCUGGGGAUGACCCAGAUCACAUCGGACCAGAUGUUCAUGAUGUCAAAGCAGAUGAAUAUGAGUAUGUGUCCUACAAAGACCCCUACAGCAGCCACGAAGACAUCAAGAAUCUGAACCUGGAUUUAACCAGCAAACAUUACUCACAACUGUCAGGGCCAAAUGUCAAGACUUACUUCAUCGCUGCAGAGAAGGUCGAGUGGGACUAUGCUGGUUAUGGACGGAGGCAAGACAAGUCGCUCCAAAACACCGGAGACACGAAGUUCACCAAAGUGGUUUUCCGAGGUUACCUUGACAGUAGCUUCACUACCCCUGACAUCCGAGGGGAGACGGAGGAGCAUCUGGGCAUUCUGGGACCUGUCAUCAAGGCGGAGGUUGGACAAAGCAUCAUGGUGGUGUUCAGGAACAACGCUGAUCGCCCGUUCUCCUUACACCCAAAUGGGGUUUCGUAUACAAAGAAUAUGGAGGGUCUGAAGUAUGACGAUGGCUCCAGGUACUGGUAUCAAUAUGACAAUGAGGUUCUACCUAAUGGCAACUAUACAUACAUGUGGAAUGUCAAUUCUGCGGCUGGGCCAAUGCCAGGAGAGUCUGACUGUCGGACCUGGGCCUACUAUUCAGGUGUUAAUCCUGAAAGGGAUAUCCAUUCAGGCUUGAUCGGACCUUUACUGGUGUGUCGACAAGGUACUCUAAGUAAACCGACGACAAACAUAAGGGAGUUCACGCUGCUGUUUAUGACUUUUGAUGAGUCACAGAGCUGGUACUAUGAGAAGAAUCUUGAGAUGCUGCAGAGGAAAACCCGAAGAAGAAUGGUGGGCCCGAGCGUAAAGGAGAGCUUCAAGUUCCACUCCAUCAAUGGAAUCAUUUACAGUCUAAAAGGCCUGAGGAUGUACACCAAUCAGCUUGUGCAGUGGCACCUGAUCAACAUGGGGUCUCCAAAAGACUUUCAGAGUGUCCACUUCCACGGCCAAACAUUCCUCCACAAGAAGACCAACAGCUACAGACAAGCUGUAUUCCCACUUCUGCCUGGGAGCUUUGCUACACUAGAGAUGUAUCCGUCCAAGCCUGGCCUGUGGCAACUGGAGACAGAAGUUGGUUUGAACCAACAAAAGGGCAUGCAGACCCUCCUCCUGAUCCUGGAUGAUGACUGCUACCAUCCACUUGGUCUAGAAUCAGGCAGUGUGAAAGACGACCAGAUCACAGCUUUUAAUACUAGAGGAUACUGGGAGCCCCACCUCGCCAGACUGAACAAUCAGGGUAAAUACAAUGCGUGGAGCACCGAACAAAACCACAGCUGGAUUCAGGUGGACUUCCAGCGACCGGUGGUGGUCAGUCAGGUAGCAAUCCAGGGAGCCAAGCAACUAUUUCAGUCUCAGUUUGUGGAGAGGUUUUUUGUCUCAUACAGCAACGAUCGGCGGAAGUGGGUGUACUAUAAGGGUGACGACAAGAGUUUUAGGAAGCUAUUCUCUGGAAACCAGGAGGCUUAUGAAACGAAGACAAACACUUUCUUUCCACCUCUGGUUGCCCGCUUCAUUAGGCUCCACCCCACUGACUGGUACAACAAGGCCACACUCCGCAUGGAGCUGUACGGCUGUGAGCUUGAUGGUUGCUCUGUGCCUUUGGGGAUGGAGAGUGGACUGAUAGAAGACCGUUACAUCACCGCCAGCUCCAUAGCCUCCAGCUGGUACUCAGGACCCUGGAAACCUUCCCUCGCACGCCUCAACAAACAGGGCACCAUCAAUGCAUGGCAGGCUAAGUUUGGUAACAUGAAACAGUGGCUUCAGAUAGAGCUGCCUCAAGUGAAAAAGAUCACUGGUAUCGUCACGCAGGGGGCCAAGUCUUUGGGGAAAGAGAUGUACGUCAUGUCCUACUCCCUGCAGUUCAGCAAUGACGGAACUCACUGGAUCGACUACUCAGAAGAUGAGGGCCGUCCAUUCAAGACUUUUACUGGAAAUAUUAACAAUAACGACCACGUGAAGAACUACAUCUACCCACCUAUUUUCUCUCGGUUCAUUCGAAUCCUCCCCGUAAGUUGGAUGUACUCCAUUACCAUGAGAGUAGAACUACUGGGCUGUGACUUUGAAUGAGAAACCAUCUUCAUGAAUAAACACCUAUGCAGAAUUAAACACUUGUAGUCUAUAUGUUUGGCAUAUAGUCACUCAAAAAGAAUAUUACAUAUACUGUUUGCACUAAAACAUAGCUUUUGUGUGCAAGCAAAAGCUGGCACAUACAUACCAACAUUGCUUAGGUCAUAUAUUAAACUCAUCAUAUUGCUUGUAAAAUGUGAAAAUGUUUUGCAUCUAUAAAUAAAAUGUUAUUGCUAUAUAAAUUCUUCCUGCCACUGGGAAAUUUGCAAGUUUGCAAGUUUAUUUAAUCGCUACAAGUUUCAUUAUAGGAAGAUAUAUAAGCAUCAGGACUAUCAUCCAUUGUCAGUACUUGUUUUAUGUGUUUUUACAAUAUUAGUUUUAGAUUUUUAAGCUGUAUCAGAAAUGAAUGUUAAUAUGUGUAAAUAUGUAAGUACUAUUGCAUUGAAAGACUCUGUAAUUUAUCUGUCAAUAAAUAUGAUUAAUGUUGUUCUUAAUCUGUGACAAGCUGAAUUUGUUGGCACGCACACUGUCAGAUAGGAAGCUCUGGUAGGACUC